AUGUCCCCCCCCACCGCCCUCGCCGACGACGACGACGACCGCGGCCCGCUCGCGUACAACGAGGAGACCGGCGAGGCGAGAGACCCGAUCGCGUUCAGGGACGCGCUCAUCGCGGACCCGGAGAAGCUCGCGGCGAUCGAGGCGGACAAGGAGCUCGCGGCCGCGCUCCUCGGCGACGACACCGCGAAGAUCCAAGCGACGCUCAUGCGGCUCUUCGACCUCACGAAGAAGCGCGAAGACCGCGAGAACACGCAGAUGCUAAACUCCCCGGAUCUCCUCCGAAGCGGCUGCACCGUGCCGCGCGACCCGACGGCGCUGUACAAGCAGAUGCGCAAGGUGGGGCUGGAGUACGGCCCGAGGUUUCGGCUCCUCACGCAGGUGUGGAUCCCGGAGGAAACCGCGCGUUUACAACGCGCCGCCGCCGAGGAACGCGGCGACAUCUGA